GGAAAUGAAUUCGAAGAACUGAAAGAGGGACCGAAAACAUGGAAUAGUACCAGUGAUUGUAGCAGUGAAGAGGGUGCAAAAAUAUGCAAAAGGAAAAAUGAUUGUUGGCAUACAACAGCCUUCUACUCUAUUGGGUGGAUGGACACAUUGUAUAAAGGAUCGAGAGUUCCUAGUUACUUCAUUCAGCUAGGUAGCGAAAUUUCUAAAAAUUUUUCUAAACUUAAUUUAAACGUAGUUGGGGACGAAAACAAGCAAAAGUUCAUGCAAAUUAAGAAUCCUAGUAUGCAAAAAGCGUCAUUCAAGCUUAUAAUUAGAGGGCUAGAAUUCCGGUAUGCUUCAGUCAGCGAAGAAGAAAAAUUUUUUAAUUUACCAACAAAGUGCUAUAAGAAGGAAAAACUUGGCAAGGCUGAAGAAUGGAAGAUUUUUGACAAUAAUUAUAUCAACAACAAUCAAAACUUCACCCAUCUCUUCACUUUCCAUAUUAUGCCAAUAAAAGCAAUGCGACAAAGUAUUCAGAAUUCUUGGGCAAGUUGUAAAAUAAAUGGGACAAACCCAGGAUGUAAUAAAGAGGCAACAUUGUUGAAAUGUGACAAAAUGUUUAUUCGAUUUGACAAAGAACACUUCAAAAUUCUUGUUCCGGAUGUUAUUGAGAGUUCAACACUUGGAAGUUCAAUACUUGAGAGCAAAACUUUGGAAUUUUCUACAACCCAAAAUAUUGACAAAACUGAUAAGGAAGACACUACUACUGAUGAUGAUGUGGAGAUUACAAGGAUUACAACCUCUACCAAGCCUUCAGGAAUGUCCACAACUACCAUUGUUUUGAUUAUUUGUGGCGUUGUAGUUUUAAUUUUUGCAAGCAUUGUUUGUUUUCUGAUUUGUAUUUUGUUUCGGAAAGAGGAUAAAAAAGAAGAAGAAAACAAACAAAUUAUGCAAGAUGAAAGUCAAGGCAGUUAUCUACGUUCAACUCAAUCAACUACAAAAAAUUCUUUAAAAGACUCCAAUGUUGGUGUUGAAAUGCCCCCUCCUUCUGCUGUUGAAGAUGAAGAACAAAAAGAAGAAAAACAUUUUAAUGAUGCUUCUACAGUCGUCGAAACUCAAUAUCACCAAGAUUUCAAUGAUGUCGACACUGUUAUGGAUACACAAAUCGAGCCGGGAGAAGCUUCUAGUUUCAAAAUUGGAGUUGCGGUUCCUGAUACUGUCGUUGAUGCAAACGGCGUUGGAGUUCCUAAAAUAUAUAAAGAUGAAUAA